AUGGGCACCUCGGCGGAGACGCUCGUGCGGUUCGGGAGGCGCUCCGGGCAGGCCAAGGGAUGCCCGGAAAUAAAAAACUCAAACGAAGAUCAAGAUCUCUAUCUGCCUCUUCUACCUAGCAAAGUAGAUCUUCGGCAGGUCACCAUCAUUCCACACAAUGAGUGGGAAAGGAUUCGAGAUAGCAUUGACAGUUUAACAAGAAAAGCAGCAUGCCUUCGAGCAGAAAGAAAGGCAAAGAAAGACAUGCAUCUCCGAUCCCAAGAAGUGGUAAAACAUUGGGCUCGUACAUAUGCAGGGAUAAAAGAACAAAAACUUAAAGCCAAAAAGAAGCGUGAUGAAGAACUAGAGGCAGAAAGACAAAUUCUUGAUCUGGAAGAAGAAAUAUAUAAACAAGGAGAAAGAAGAAAGGCCAUUGAAAGUGCAAAGCAAUAUCAAUUUUACCAGACAGAAAGACUGAAAAACUUUCAUUCAGGACUACUUCUUAGUAGAGUGAUGAAAGAACGUGAUGCCCAGAUUGAAUCCCAAAAGAGUAGAAUAAAAUCUGAUAAAAAAUGGGAGGAACAAAUGAAACUCGACAUUGAAAAAGCUUUUAAGGAAGAACAAGAAAAAGCACAAAAACAACGCAGAGAAAGAAUAGCUGUUGCCAAUGAUCAUUUAAAACAGAUAAAGGAACAUGAAGAGGAAGAAGAAAGGAGGAGAAAAUCUGAAGAAAGUGACGCUGAGGAAAUAAAGCGACAGAAUAAAUUAUAUGAAAUAGAAAUGAAGAAAAAUCUAGAAAAGAAAAAUAAAGAGAUAAAUGAAAAGAGGGAACUAUUUUUUGAAUGUAUGAACGAUAAAAAUAUCAUCAAAGCCGUAGAAAAUCAGCAGCAAGAGGAGGAAGAUGAAAAGAUUAGAAAAUUUAUCAAAACAAAAAAGCGUCUUACACAAAUGAGGAAAGAAAAAGAAGCCGAAACAAACAGGCUAAUGGAGGAACGUAGAAAAAGAAUAAAUAACUUCCUGAGUGAAAUAAUAAAACAGAAACUUGACAAUGAAGAUAUGAUUCUCGCUAAAAAUAGUGAAGAAGUUGAGGCUGAAUGGGAAAAAAGAGAAAGAGACAAAGUUGAAAAAAAUAAAGCAGAAUUAAAAGCGAUUGAAGAACAUAGACUCUUUGUGAUGAAAAACAAAGAGGAAGAAGAAAGACUAAGAAAAAUCGAGGAAAAAGAACAUUUGUUGGCUGUCAUGAAAGCAGACCAGAUUUCCUGGGAGCAUGAAAAGGAGAAAAAACGUAAAAGUGAUAAAGAACGUCUUGAACUCCAAGAUGCCCAUAUUCAGCAAAUCGCCGAAAAUAAGCUUAAUGCAAAACAAGCAAAAGAAGACCAUCUACAGUAUUGCAGACUUACUGAAAAACUUUUGACUGAAAAGGAGAAGCAAUUUCAGGAUUAUGCCAGAGAAGUAAUUAAAUUUGAGUCUGAAUCAACAAAUAAACAUAUUUAUCCUCUUGUAAAAUCUGUACAGAGAGGACCUGGAGGUGGCCAUGGACCAGUUCUUACGGACAGAGGUGGAUUAAGACCUAGCUAUCAGGCAAAUGAGGCCACUGGAGAACAGCUCCCUUGUUAUUAUUCGCAUGGAUCAAAAUAUAAUAAUUUUCAAAAGUCUAAGAAAAGGCUAGGUUUUACAUGGUAG